CUUGGAACAUCAAUUGGAACACAGACAUUUUCACCGUUAAUUUUGAUUUACAUCGAAAGCAAUAAAAAAUUGUUACUGAAUUAUUUCCAAAAAUCUAAUCGAGUGACAAAAAUUUAAAUUAAUCGAAGAAAUUUUUUGUUCAAACAAUUUAUUGUGAAUUACAAUUAACAAUUUUCAUCGCUCAAGAAAGAUUUAGAGAGUGUGUUUCAUUGAAUAAAUAGAAUGCAGACGUUUCAUUGCAUUUGCAUUGUAUUGUUGUGUGUUGCGGCCAUAAGUGCAUAUCCGCAACCAAAUAAGACAAUCGACUCAAAUUUAGAUUGGUGGAAGAAUGGCGUGUUUUAUCAGAUAUAUCCCCGUUCAUUCAAAGACAGCAAUGGCGACGGUAUUGGGGACAUUCGAGGUAUUAUUCAAGAAUUAGACUACUUGAAAGAUUUGGGCAUUGCGGGCGCUUGGCUUUCACCAAUUUUCAAGAGUCCAAUGGUUGAUUUUGGCUACGACGUCGAAGAUUUCUACGAAAUUGAUCCGAUAUUUGGUACGAUGGCUGAUUUGGAAGAAUUAUUUCGCGAAGCAGCGAAACGAAAUUUGAAAAUAUUUUUGGACUUUGUGCCAAAUCACGUAUCAGAUAGACACGAAUGGUUCAAAAAAUCGGUAAAACGCGAAGGAAAAUAUGAAAACUAUUACAUUUGGGCCGACGGGAAAAACAAUAACACAUCGCCGCCAAACAACUGGGUAUCAAUUUUCUACGGUCCAGCUUGGAAAUACAAUGAAGAACGAAAUCAGUGGUACUAUCAUUGCUUUGCACCCGAACAACCGGAACUAAAUUUACGCAAUGAAGACGUGUUAAAAGACUUAUACGAUGUGCUGAUAUUCUGGCUCGAAAAAGGUGCCAGCGGUUUUCGAAUGGAUGCGCUUAAUUUUCUGAUUGAAUUUGAAGAUUUACGUGACGAACCUCUCUCCGGUUCAACAACCGAUCCAAAUUCAUUUUGGUAUACAACGCACGAAUAUACCUUAAAUUUGCACGAAAACUUCGAUAUUGUUUACAAAUUCCGUGAUGUAGUCGAUAAAUACCAAAAUGAACAUCCAGAAAAAGAGCUUGUUUUAAUGGGCGAGGCGUAUUCAAACGAUACAGAUUUUGUGAAAUUUUAUGGUGGCAGUAAAGGAGAAAAAGGCUUACAAAUUCCAUUUAAUUUUGUGUUAAUUUCUUCAAUGAAAAGAUAUUCAUCGGCUAAGUCUGUCAAAACGGUUAUAGACAAUCGCUUAAAUAUUAUUCCAUCUGGUAAAAUACCCAAUUGGCAAAUGGGUAAUCAUGAUCAUCCACGCAUUGGAUCACGUUAUCCAGAACGUAGAGUCGAUGGAUUUAACGCAUUGGUGCUGACUUUGCCAGGCGUUGCAGUUACUUAUUAUGGAGAAGAGAUCGGAAUGAUCGAUAAUCGAAACAUAUCAUUCAGCGAAACAGCUGACCCACAAGUGACAGUACUUGACCCCACUUCCAACUGGAUGGAACGGUCGCGAGAUCCAGCACGCACACCAUUACAAUGGGAUGCAACGAAGUUUGCUGGUUUCAUGCCGCAGAAUGCAACAGCCAAACCAUGGUUGCCAAUUCAUGUAAAUUAUAAAGAAUUGAAUGUGGCUGCACAAAAAAAAAAUCCACGUAGCACAUUGAAUUUCUACAAGCGCCUAGUUGAACUCCGUAAAGAAGACGCAUUUGCCGCCGGUUCGUUCAACUCGACUGUUUUGAAUGAAAAUGUUUUCGCUUAUGUCAGAGAAUUUGAAGGGAGUGACACUUAUUGGGUUCUCAUCAAUUUCGGUGAUCGUGCAGAGAAAAUCGAUAUGACACAAAGCAAUUUGGGCACAAACUUCCCAGAAGAAUUUGAAUUGGCAGCUGUCAGUCCUGACUCAUGUCAUGAACAAGGUGCCAAACUGAAAGCAACCAAAGUCGUCUUGGGCAAAUACGACGCAAUUAUUUUGAAAAGUGCCAUUUCUUCAUCUUAAAUCCAAAGCAUCGUAUCAACUCUCACUCAUGAUGGGUUUUCAAGGCGGUUGGAUUUUGCGAGCGCCAUCUCUGAGUCCCAAUACAAACGAAAGGGAAACUUUACACAUUUGGGUGUUCGUUUAUAUAUUUGUCAAACAUUGAUAUCUGUCAAAAGAAACAACGUAAACAACACGAAGUGAAUAUUUUUCUGGUGAACUAUCGGUAUUAUUGUAAUUAUUGCAAAUUAAAAAUUAAAAAUGUUGACAGCUCUUUUUUUUUCAAAAAACCGGAAAACCAAUACAUUAAUAUUGACUUCGUGUUGUUUACGUUGUUUCUUUUGACAGAUAUCAAUGUUUGACAAAUACAUAUUUUCUCCACGUAACCAUCUCUACAUGGUCUACAAGGCAAAGUUACCUCAUAAUACGAGAAUCAUAUAAUAUAAAAUAUUUGUGUGUUUU